UUACUUGUUGUCAUGGCGCCGUUUCAAACUAUGCUGUCACUAAAAUUUAAAACGUAAAGCAUGGGCUACACUUUAGUAACUCCAUACGCUCAAUUAAUUUAUAAUUUAUUUACGAGAUAGAAGUAGUUAUAGAUUAAGACGAAAUGGUCGAAUGGACAGUAUUAGGAUUAACUUGAUGUUAGGGAAAAAAAGUUAGCCUGCGAAUGCUAACGCUAAUUAGCAUUAGGAAUUGCUUACGGCGUUGACAUAACUUUGCAGAUGCUUUCGUUGCAAUGGCUGCACAGUUCUUGCAUAGUGGACCCCUUAUUUCCGUGGUCCAGCAAACUACUGCACCCAGCGGCUGGAUUCCUGUUUGCUCAACCCAAAAUGUCAAAGAUGGCAGCGAUUUGACUACCAGAACAUCCCAAACAAAGCUACUGUUCAAUGAAGACAUCCCUGCAAGUGCCAUUAACCGUGCCACCCGUGUGGGCCCUCCUGCCCCCAUUGUAAUAGAGAGGCUGUUUCAACGUUCAGAAGUGCAUGAGAGUUCAGGCAGCAUCCGAAGUUCUUUCACCUUCACAGCACUCUCUGAGGAGAGGCUUCAGUCGGCUGUUAAGUUGGCCCAAAGAGAUCUAAGACGAAGGCACCGUGAGUCAUUUAAAAAAUUCUCAUCUAAACCUUCACAAGAAGCCACCCUCUUUGAAACAAGUGACGUGGAGCUGCUUCAGGACUUGGCAACUUCUCCAAGCAAGACAAAAAUAAUAGCUUGUAGUCCAAAGGAGAAGGUGGCUCAAUCUGGUGCUAAACAGAAUGUUUCCAAGAAAAUUCUCUCUUCUUCCUUUCCUCGUGUUGGCAAUUCUCCUCCAACCAGAGACCCUGGACCAAGGCAGGGAGAAGGAGGCAAACAAGCACCUUUAAGCCAUGAGAUCCACAAACUGCAAAAUGAGCUGGAAGUGUAUAUCCAGAAAGUGGAGGAACUAGCUAACAGAGGGGAUAAAAUGGCGGAGCCAUUGGAACCUGAAGAGCAGAACAAGUUGGAGAUGCGCAGACAAAAGCAGGAAGCUCGUUCAGUACGAGUCAUUUACGCUCUUCAACAACAGGUAAAAGAGGUACAAGAAGAUAUAGAAAAACUCAAAAAAGAGAAAAUGUGGGACACUAAAAAGUAUAUUGCAAUUAACAGGCUAGCGGCUGCUCAUCGAGGGGCACUCAGAGCCUUACAGGUUAUCAUCCAUCAGCUUUCAGAUCUAAAUCGCAGAAAGGUGCCCCUUCAUUACAAAGAACUUGGCCAGUUGAUUCGUCAGCUCUCUUUGUGCUCAGCUAAGAUUGAAGUGGACCAAGGUUCAGCUGUGCCUCAGACAGCCCUCAGCAUCUUGCAGAAACUAGAAACUGUGGAAUCCAUCCUCAGUAAACAUGAGGUGCUUGAAAAGAUGCAGGUUCAAGCAUGUCCUCAACGCAGGAAGUCUCCUCAUCACAGCACGUCACCUGCUGCUGCACCCAAGGGUCCCAGCAUGUCAGCUCCUCGCAAACCUGCAAAUCACAGAAGAGGUGUCCGUGCAGGAAAAAAGAUGCCCCCACAAAAGCCAAAAACAGUUUCUCACCAGCCCCUGAACAGGAGGGAGGUGCUGAUGGCUGGCGUACAGAGUAUCAGCCAGCAGAGGGAGCUGAGAGAACGGCAGGGACAAACUCAGACACACAGUACCUGCAGAAAAGGACGGCAAGCUGAGAGAAGAAAGGCUCACCUAAUGAAGCAUAAUCAGAUGCAGGAUGCAGGCUUCCAGCAGCCUACAGUUUCUUCUCGGCUCAGAGAGAACCAGCUCCCCCAAAGAGAGCACUCUGUGCCCUGGAUACCAACAUCCCCUCACUCUCCUCCACAACGAUCCCCUCAGAGGGGGAGACCGGAGCCUCGUUGUCUCUUCUCUCCAGUGAAGCCCUCAUCAAGCCCCCCAAAGCAGCAGGUGGGAGGUGGAUCGGAGGAAGAGUCGACUCUGAGCUCAGCAAAGAGGAAAGAAGCUCCAAAUGAAGCAUUAGGGAAAGCUUGGCUGGAUAAAUUGAUGAUGCAGAGACUGAAAAAGUUCAACCAUCUAAGUAAAGAAGAUGCUGAACACGCUCAGAGAUUAAGGUCUGAAACUGUGUCACCAACUCAGUGGGGUGAGGGAGCUGAGCAGAAGGCCAGAGAGGGAAGUCAGCCACUGUUGGAUGAAGUAAAGCAGACUGGUGACACCAAGAAGAGGAUCAACAGCUCACAGAGUGGGCUUUCUGAACAGGCUGCAGAGAGGGCAGCAGAGAGUGCUGAGCAGCUCAGUGAGGCUCUGCUGGAAGAUCUGUUGGAGGACACUGCUCUGGUAGCGUGGGCGGCUGAGACAGACAGACAGUUGGAGGGCAUGGCCCAGCGUGGGCUCCAAGCCCCCACCCUGGAGAGCAUGUUGCUUCGUAUGGAAGAGAUGCAGAGGUAUGAAGAGGAAGUGAGGAGAAAGUUUGCUUCUAUCACCUAUUCAGACCCUCUUUACUGGGAGCAACCCAGAACAACAGGAUCCCAGUGCCAUGCUUCAGGCUCGAGGCCAGCCUCUCCUCAGCCAAUUAGGCUCACAAGACCAGUACUGAAACAGACAUCUGCAGCUGAUAUCAUUCUGGAGAAACCUGUAGAGACUGGUUUUCUGAUCGAUAACAGCCCACCUGAGGAGGCAUCCCAGGAUGAGCAGGUGCCCACAAACAGCACUGCGUUCCCUGGCCUGAUGGAGAGGAGCAGGAGGACCGUUCUCUCAGUGCCCAGCAGCAUGCUGAGAAACAUCCGUAGCUACCACCAAGACUACAACACCUACUUGCGUGCUGUGGUUCAUGAGGCCAUCGGUAGCUUUAACCCCUGGGCUGUUGCAGACAGUUUGUCAGAGGAGCUGCUGUCGGAGGCACUGGCUGAUGUGGCAGCAGAGUUUCAGGAUGUGGUGGAGGAGUACGCUGAGGCCCUCUUCACCUCAGAGUUCCUGCAGCCGAUUUAAUCACCUCCGGCUUAAUUCCAGGUUUAUAGUUUGACCCGGGACUUCAGAUUAUUUAUUUUUCUAGAGCUUUGUACAUUUUAUUGGUGGGAUUUUGACCUUUUGAAUCAACUUUUUUUGUGUUUAUAUAUGUUUGGUCUGAAUAUGUACUUGUAUUUAGAUUUUUGACUAUUUUAUGGGUAUUUUACUGUGAUUUCACAUGUUUUUAAAGAAAUUAUGCUCCAGAUGAGAUUGUUAGAGUGUACAGGGAGCAUUGGUCUCAUUGGUCUUAUUAUGGUCUAUUUGUAUCUGUGAUUGAGUCCCCCUGGGAAAGUUAGUUUAGGGUAGAUAAGCUUGGGAAGACCAUUACGACAUUGCAGAGGAUUAUAAGAUUACUGCUCUCCCCUUGCACUUGGUUUGAAUAUCUCUGAGGAUUACUCACACUUUCUAUUUUCACAUCAGAACAUGGAAAUAAAUUAAUUGCAUACGGCCUCCAUCAAAAAGUGUAGUAAGCUAAGAGCAUCAUAUGCUUAAUCUACUUUAAUUUUAUUUCGUGUUUUUUGUGUUUAGUAUCUAAAUAAAGAGUCAGCGCUGCAUAAUAUUUUUUGUUACUCUUUAAGAUGUUUUUCCUAUUAAAGCACAGUGAAAGAGUUAGGGAUUUCCCUUUUUGAGUUUAAACAAGUUCAGUACCACUUCAUUACCAUCCAAACAAAAUAUAGCUUCUAGUUUAUAUAUUAUAUGUACUGACAACUAAAUCCUGCAUAAUAAUGGUGAUAAGUGUCAACUCUAAGAGAAAAUAAACAAGACAUACUCGGUACACUUGCAAAAUGCCAGAGUCCCUUGAGAGCAACAUAAAAGCCAUGCACACAGAACAGAGGGGACACAUGCAGAUGUUACACUGGCCUGUGGGGACCAAACUCCAACAGCGUUCAUACAGUGACUGAAUGAAUUAGCUCACACUGAAUCAGCUGCCCUGCUUUCUCUCAGGCUGGGUCCUGCGUGGGCAUAACGACGUAUGCAGGCUUUCACAGGCUACAGAACAGUGCAAAUUUAUUUUUGACCUCUAACAAAUGGAGAUCCGUCAGUUCAGAGCAACAGAGAUAUUGUUACAUAAAGGACUGAGAUUGAUCUGACAUCUCUGUGGGAAACAUUUUAAGGUCUUUUUUUUUUUUUUUUUUUUUUUUGCUUUUAUGGGUCAUAUCUCACAGUUUUAUCACAGGCACCUUAAACUGCUGCCAGUAAACAAUGCAAAUGUAAAAUCAAUUAUCUGCUUUAUUUAAUGUAUUUACAAUAAAAUGUAAACCUUGUGGUUCGAAAGUAAA